ACCACGCCCUCACAGGCCUGCAUCAUCUAUCUUCUUGUAUAUCAUCUUGUCCCAGCCCUAGCAAGCAAGCAAGCCUAGAACAGUAAAGUCUCGUCAAUAAUUCCAUACUGUUUCUAGCUAUCGCCUAGCGGCAGCGGCGAAUACUAUCACAGUCCGGCAUCAUCAGAUAGAGGCUGCUCUGCUGCAGGCAGUACGCAAGCACGCACACACGCCAAGAAACCAAAGCGAAGAUAGCACUCCAGAGGGAGCAGCGCGAGCUGUACGUAGCUGUAGCUCAUCAUGGGUAUUGAGAGCAUGAGCCCCACGGCGGCGGCGCCGGAGGACAGCUCUUCCGCCGCGUCCACGGCCACCACGGAGUCCGCCGCCGCCGCGCAGCCGCCGCCCGCUGCCGCACCACCAGGCGGCGGCGCGGUCGGCGGCGGAGACGCCGUCGCCGUCUCGCCGGCGGCGGACGAGCAGGCCGUCACGUCGCAGCCGUCGGCGGUGCCGCAGGGCUCCUCGCGCUUCAAGGGCGUGGUGCCGCAGCCCAACGGCCGCUGGGGCGCGCAGAUCUACGAGCGCCACGCCCGGGUGUGGCUCGGCACGUUCGCCGACGAGGAGGCCGCGGCGCGCGCCUACGACGUGGCCGCGCUCCGCUACCGCGGCCGCGAGGCGGCGACCAACUUCCCGGGCGCCGGCGCGUCGGCGCCCGAGCUCGCCUUCCUGGCCGCCCACUCCAAGGCGGAGAUCGUCGACAUGCUGCGGAAGCACACCUACGCCGACGAGCUGCGCCAGGGCCUGCGGCGCGGCCGCAGCCGCGCGCAGCCCACGCCGGCCUGGGCGCGCGUGCUGCUGUUCGACAAGGCGGUCACGCCCAGCGACGUCGGCAAGCUCAACCGCCUCGUGGUCCCCAAGCAGCACGCCGAGAAGCACUUCCCGCUGAAGCGCGCGCCGCCGUCGGUGGAGGCGCAGGCGCCCACCACCGCCAAGGGCGUGCUCCUCAACUUCGAGGACGGGGAGGGCAAGGUGUGGCGGUUCCGCUACUCCUACUGGAACAGCAGCCAGAGCUACGUGCUCACCAAGGGCUGGAGCCGCUUCGUCAGGGAGAAGGGCCUCCGAGCCGGGGACACCAUCGUCUUCUCCCACUCCACGUACGGCUCGGAGAAGCAGCUCUUCAUCGACUGCAAGAAGACCAAGACGACGACGCCCGCCACCGACGGGGUACCGGUACCAUCACCAGCACCAGCGGAGAAACCAAGCGAGGCCCGUGUAGUCAGGCUGUUCGGCGUCGACAUCGCCGGAGCCGGGUGCCACCACCAGAAGCGCGCACGGCCGGUGGAGAUUUCGUUCGACCAUGGGCCGCAGGCGGAGUCGUUCAAGAAGCAAUGCGUGGCUCAUCAUCACCGCUCUCCUGCCCUAGGUGCCUUCUUGUUAUAGCAGCGAUGCUAGUAUACACAUAGUACUCUAGUCCUUCCUCCUCUUUCUUCGAUCUUCAUGUCGUCUCGGCCGCCUGCUUGAUCUUGAAUUCAAUUACUCGGCUCGUCUUUGCAAAAACUUAAGUUUAAGUAAGACUGCAAGUUAAACUAGUUGUAUGUACAUCAUUAGGCAAUCUUGAGUUGCUAGACGAUACUAUGUAGUAGUUCCUAUAAUUAAGAUCUCAUGCAAGUUUGUGCCAUCGAGUGCAGCAAUAAGUUGAUUGCAUCUGCUAGAGACUAAACAUGUGUGCUUGCAUCU